UUGCAUAUUGGAAUUCAAAGGAAUUUAAAGCUAAGUCUGAAAAUGCUAAAAAAAUGAGGGCAUCUGAAAAAGGAGGUCACCUUAAUGCAGUUGGAAGUAUAAGCACUUACGAACAUUCUCGACGCAUGGCUAAAAGGUUGGGGAGACAACCACUCAUGAUCGAGUUGGUUAAAGAAACUAGGACAAAAAAAUCGGGUGAUUUAGUUGACGAGCGUACUCGAAAAGCUUUGGAGGAUUAUCAAACAAAGCUUGUGGAUUUUUUGGUCGCUAAUCCCAAAUAUACUCCUAGAGAUGGAGAGCCGCUUCAUCCAGAUGUUGAUUUUUAUAUUUGGAGUGAAGUCAUUGACGGAAAAGGGCCUAAUGGAUUUUUUUUGGUGCGGGAAAUUUGGCGGGAAGCUUGAGAAGUGGAGAUCGAAAUUUAUUUCAAAGAGUUAGAGAUGGGGAAGGAUCGUCACGUCCAACACAAUUGGCACCGCAAGUAAUGGAAACAAUAAGACAGUUGGCUCUAACUGAGGCGAGACGCGAGUUAGCGCAACGUGAGGCGGAGCUAAAGGCCCAAAUGGAUGAAUGUGAGGCGGCGCUAAAAGCACAAGUGGAGGGGCAACAACGGCAAAUAGAGGCAAUGGCGAAGAUGCAAGCAGAGAUGCAACAACAACAAAUAGAGGCAAUGGCGAAGAUGCAAGCAGAGAUGCAACAACAAAUGCGGUUAUUUAUGCAGUCUCAACAAAGUGGUGGUCAACCGUCUAGAGGAAACGUGGGAGCAGCUGACACUGAG